GGGGGGGACGCGCAGGGGGACCCGCGUUCGCAGGGUAACCAUGCCGCGCUCCUUCCUGGUGAAAACGCACUCCAGCCACAGGGUCCCCAACUACAGGCAGCUGGAGACGCAGAGAGAAAUCAAUGGCGCCUGUUCUGCCUGCAGGGGGCUGGUGGUGCCCACGCUCCUCCCAGAUAAACCAGCCUCUUCCACAUCUGGUGACCCUCCCUGGCCCUGGGACCGCAACUCCGUCAUCGCCCGCAUUUGCCUGCCCCUUCCCCGCCACGAGGAAGCGUGGGGGGCCUCUGGGCCAGACCCCCUGCAAGUCGGCCCUGUGCACCUUUGGGCCGGCCGGGCCCCCGGUGUGCCCCUCAAAGACAGCCUGAACCAGCUCAACCUGCCCCCGCUGCUGGGGCUGCCCACACGGUGGCCCCCGAUCCCGGGCCCAGCGGGGGACUAUGCCGCAGACAGACUGCCCGGCGCAGCGAGGGCUCCCCGCGGCCCUGGCGGCUUCCAGUGCUCACACUGCCGCAAGCCUUACCACACGCUGGCCGGGCUGGCCAGGCACCGCGAGCUACACUGCCAGCUGCGGGCGCCGCGCCGCUUCUCCUGCAAACACUGUGACAAGGAGUACGGCAGCCUGGGCGCCCUCAAGAUGCACAUCCGCACGCACACACUGCCCUGCCCCUGCGCCAUCUGCGGCAAGGCCUUCUCCAGGCCCUGGCUGCUCCAGGGCCACAUCCGCACCCACACAGGCGAGAAGCCCUACACGUGCUCGCACUGCAGCAGGGCCUUCGCCGACCGCUCCAAUCUCCGGGCCCACCUGCAAACGCACUCCGACACCAAGAAGUACCAGUGCAGGAACUGUGCCAAGACCUUCUCCCGCAUGUCGCUCCUGGCGCGCCACGAGGAGUCCGGCUGCUGCCCCGGCCCCUGAGGAGGGCCGCCUUGGGGCAGGGAGGAGGCACAGGACGUCACCCCGGGGGGUUGAUGGCUGCCCAGCCCCACGCUCACCCUCUCUCUGCCCGCCGCCGCCCGCCUCCGUCCAGAACCAGAGGAGGCCGGUAGGCGAAUCGGGUGAGUGACUGAACACUGUCACCGAACCGUGAGCCACUGUCCUGUGUUUGACUUGCUCUGGUUUCUGGAUCUGUUCUCCCCCAGUUGAAGGCUGGUGGGGAUGGCCGCCAGCAUGGACAGCUCCUACCAUUCACCUGGCCUUCGUGGACAGAACUGCCUCGUGGCUCACAUCUACCUACCUUUGGUCUGGACUCUGGGCCACGUCACAUCACGGGUGCACGCACACCCACCCCCUGCUUGCCUCACCAGGCGGUCCUGGGGAUGGAGCUAGGACCCCACCAUGACUGCAGGGCAGUGAGGAGCCCCACAGCCCUGGCUGUCACGUCCUCCGAGGCUCUGAGUCUAUGGCGGGGGCUGAACACGAAGAAAUCCUCCAGAGGCUGCAGAUGCCUGUGUAAUUUGGGCCUCUGGCCAUGGGGAGUAGGGGAGGUGAUGGUGAGGGCGUGGAGCCGUGACGUGUAGGGACGGACAGCAGGGCUGGUGGGAGGCAGGCGUGAGAGUGCAAGCAGGUGAGCAGAGGCACCGUGUUUCCGAAGAAAGAGACCAGAAAUGGCAAUAGCAUUAAACGGACGGAGAGCAGCCAUGGGGCAUGGACACGCUAGGGUGAGGGUGUGAAAGCAGAGCUGGGGAAAGCAAGGCCCAAGGAAGAGGCAGCCGUGGGCUGCGCGUGCCUGUGUUGGCAGGGUGCUCAGAAGACAGUCUAGUCCCGGGUCUGCACACAUCUAUACUGAGCCCACUGCGUCGCCCAGGGGCUGUGUCUGUGGCCAUCUUGGCACUGUCACCUCCCCCUGCCUGCCCUCUCCUGAGGCCACAGGUGUCCACCAGCUGAGAGAGUGGCAGACCUUGGCACUGACCAAGACACACCUCCCAAACUGACUCAGAUGCCAACAGGAGACCCCUCCCCAGCCUCCUGCCCCCACGAGACAGCCUCUUCCCAUCCCCAGACCGCAGGGCGGUCACCUGCUGGGCUGGUCCUCCCUCUUGCCAGCGCAUCUUAGCAUCUGUGGCUGGCCCCUGGAGGGCGUCCUGCGUCUAGCAGGGACUGAUUGAGUUCUCGACACCCGGAGGGGACACCUGCUCCUCUCUGCAGGAGAGCUGGCCUGCUGUCAGCAACUCCACUUCUGGCCCAGGCUGAGGGACAAACUCAGGCACCUUGGUCCUGGCCCCGAACAGGGCCAUAGGGCAAGUGGCAGAGGCCCCCAUCUCAGCCCCGGGCCACGUGGACCUGUAAGCAGCAUUCACCAGGCCCAUGCCAGGCCAUGCGGCACCUGUAGAACCCACCAGAGGCUCCCGCGGGGCUGGUUUGAUGAUGGCCAUUGGAGGAGCCUUGGGGACAUCCCAGAGGAAACUUGACCGUGAUAUUGGACUUUCCUGGACCAAGGGUGGCCUGGAUGAAACUGGCCACCCAGGAGGCCGUGGCUCCAGGAUGCACCAGACUGUAUCAGCAGGUGGAACGAAGAUGCCCUCUGGGAGAGCCUCGCUCACAUCCCCAGGCCUGCACUGCAGCCUUCCCUCUGCAAGGAUCAGCCACCCCUUGAGGGACAGAUGGUGUGAGCCGGAGGCUUAGCUCUGUAUCAGUUUGCUGGGGCUGCCAAAACCAAAUCCCACACACCCAGCGGCUUACGCCACAGAGAUCGACUCUCCCACCGUCUGGAGGCCAGAAGUCCGAGACCGAGGAGCCGGCGCGGCUGGUUCCUUCUGGGGCCCCUCUCUCGGCUCCUGCGGGCUCGCUGGCGUCUUCGAUGUUCCUCGGCUGGUGGACCCAUCGCCCAUCUCUGCCUCCACCUCCCUCGGCUUCUUCCUGCCUGUGCGUCCGUCUCUGUGUUCAAAUUCCCCUUUUGUGAGGACACCAGGCAUCCUGGGUCAGGACCCACCCCGAUGACCUCAUCUUAACUUGAUCACCUCCAAAGACACUGGUUCCAAAUAGGGCCACAUUCUGAGGUCCUGGGGGUCAGGAUUUCAACACCAUCCACCCCAACAUCUGACUUGAACACAGAGUUUGCCAAGAGACACCUGGGAAGCCCCCAUGCUUGACUCCUCUGUCCUCUCAGUCCACAAAGGUUCGGGGGUGGGAGGCACAGUUGAUGUAAUGGACGGAUUUACUGGAAACACUUCCUGUGCCUGUUCCCACCUCCCGUCCAUCGUCCGGAGCAGAGGCCCCAUGCUCACAGGGCAGCCCUCCCUCCCAGCAGUCUCCCAGAGUGCUGGGCUCCGCUGUUGAGUGGGUCAAGCCAGCAAUCAGGCCUAUC